UCACGUCGCAUCUUAAACUCGUCCCCGGACUGCAUACGUGCUGCACACGUGGGGACCUAGAACUGCCAAGCUUGGAAGCUCAAGGAUCGUGAACGUCGUAGAGAUGGCAUGGAUUAAAGGCGUUUCAAAGCUAUAUAAGGCGGCGCGCCUUCCGACUACCCUCCCGCUAGUUGGAGGUUUUGCAUCGUUAGGUUUCUCCAAGAACGCGGUCCUAGGUCUCUGUCAGCAAGGAUGCCUUCUUACCAGAGCUUCGCGGCCACUGGCCUGGCACUUCUCACGGCCGCUGCGUCUGUAGGUGCCUUGCCUGUCAAGCUCGCAGCGAGAGCUCCUCCUCAGGCUCUGCCGGCGAAAGCUACCGCCAAUGACCUAAAGUUCCAACCGGCAAUGGACUUCGAUACUGACGGCUGCUAUAACACUCCUGCGAUCGGGCCCGACGGUACUAUAAACCCUGGUCUUGACAAUAGGAACACGGGCCUUUCUUCAGACUGUCACGAUCUGUCGGACCUGCAGAACAACAACGUUUACUCUCGCGCUCGUUGCAAUAAUGGAUGGUGUGCCUACGUUUACGACUACUAUUUUGAGAAAGAUGUCGCAAUACCAUAUUUCUUUCUUGACCCAGGCCACAGGAACGAUUGGGAACAUAUUGUCGUCUGGGCACAGAAUGGCGAAGCCAAGUACGUGGCUGCGUCGGCUCACGGAGAUUACGAAGUCAAACCUGCGAGCCAAGUGCGCUGGGAAGGAACUCACCCGAAGAUGGUCUAUCACAAGGAUGGCCUCGGCACGCAUGACUUCCGCUUCGGAAAUACGGACGAUGACAACAUUGAGAACGCCACUGGCGCGUGGUUCUUCGGAAGCCUUGUAUCCUGGAACGGCUUCCCGAGCACGUCGCUCAGGGACAAGUUAGUGGCUUACGACUUUGGCUCUGCCAACUUUGCGCUCAAGGACGAUAGCUUUGCAGGGAACCUGGACAAGGCUCGUGGCGGGUUUAUUCCUGAAUUUGACAUCAAUCUCGAUGACGGUUCGCCUGGAAAUCCGUAAACGUAACAAAAUGAAGGGAAAGCCGUCGGAAAGGGAGGCGUUGGACCCGGGACCUAGGUUUAGCGUUCAUGGAAUAUUUAUGGGCUGACGAACGCUUGGAUCUUGGAUACCCUACUAUCUACGUGUAACGAAUGAAAUCUUACGAGCCACCUCCAGCGCUAUGAAAACCCUCAAGUGUAUCAUUGUAUCAAGUAUGUCUGUCCUCAAAUAGUCCCGCUGUCGCACUGAGAUCUACGGCAGCAGGGUGGAUCGGACGGGC